GCACCCGGUAACCAAAAUUCCGAAGAAAUAACCAAAAUUCGCAAUAAAAAAACUAAUCUGUGCGCGUGGUAUCUUCUGAAACUCUUCCUUCUUUCUAAAUUAACUUCCAAGGACAUGAAGAGGAUAUUUAGAUGUAUUAAGGAUCCCUGAUGUGAUUUUGUACACAUUGUGAAUAAGUAAUGACGAACGAGAAGAAUUCGGCUUCUGCGAGGACCAGGGUGGAUAGUUUCAAUACUAUCAACGAGAAACCCGUCGACGAUAUUUCCCUGCAAUGCUUCUACAACCCCCACACGAUAACUCUAUUGGCUAUUUCCAUUGGGGUUGUUAUUUAUUUUGCUUUUGUAAGGGAUACAGAUAAUGUAGAGAAUAACAUUUGGGCUGGGAUAGUGUGUUGCACGUUUUUCUUCCUGAUUAUAUCUGUAUUAGCAUUCCCCAAUGGACCAUUUACAAGACCCCACCCUGCCGUUUGGAGGGUAGUGUUUGGAAUGAGCGUGCUGUAUUUAUUGGGCUGUUUAUUCAUACUAUUUCAGAACUACCACACUGUAAAAACAAUAUUAUAUUGGUUCGAUCCAAAAUUAAAGGAAUUCCACAUUGAUAUGGAUAAGGAGUAUGGUGUCAAUUGCUCAGUUAUUACAGUGGAGAAAUUGUGGGCUCAUAUGGACGUUUUUGCUCUUGGUCACUAUUUGGGGUGGCUUUUUAAGGCAAUAUUAAUCAGACAUUGUGGGAUUUUGUGGGCAAUUAGUUUUAUGUGGGAAGUAACAGAGGUUUUUUUUGCUCACUUAUUACCAAACUUUCUGGAGUGUUGGUGGGAUUCCCUGAUCCUUGAUGUGUUGGUUUGUAACGGCUUUGGAAUAUACUGUGGUUUAAAAAUCUGUGAGAUACUGGAAAUGAGGGAAUACAAAUGGGUGAGCAUCAGAGAUAUUCAUUCUACAUCAGGGAAAAUUAAAAGGGCUGUGUUGCAAUUCACCCCAGAAAGUUUUACAGCUGUUAGAUGGCUGGACCCUAAGUGUUCCUAUAUGAGAAUAUUCGCGUUGUGCCAAUUAGUUUUUUUCUGGCAGACUUCUGAGCUCAAUACGUUCUUUUUAAAGCACGUUUUUGAACUACCGUCCUCUCACCCGCUGGUAUCAGCGCGAUUAUUGCUGGUUGGGAUAAUUGUAGCUCCCUCAGUGAGGCAGUAUUUUAGCUAUGUAACGGACACUUCGUGCAAAAGAGUGGGGACUCAGUGUUGGGUGUAUGUUUGCAUUAUGGUGGCUGAAGCCCUCAUUUGCAUCAAGCACGGACGAGAACUGUUUGAGAGGACCCAGGCCAUAAAUAUUAUUCUUUGGUUGGUGAUACAAUUUAUCAUUUCUCUGGGCUGUGUGAUGGGCUGUGUUUUAUGGAACAAACACUUCUCUGAUGCCACUGCUUCAAAAAACAAACUUAAAAAAUCUGAGAAAAAGACUCAUUAACUUUAAAUUUAUUAGUAGUUUAGGUAGUUAAUUUUCUUGAAACACUUUUUUGACCAUAUACGAAAUUUUACAUUUAAAUUUUAUGUCUUUCAGCAAUAUUAUUGUGGAAAUGUCAAAAACCUAACCUUAAAGUGUCAAACUCACCUUAAAAUGUUAAAAUCACAAAGUUAAUGAUACAUUUCAUAAUUGUACAUUUCUGUAGUUUUUUCUGUUUGGGUUACAUUUUUGUCUAAAUGUCAAAAACCUAACCUAAAAUGUCAAAACUCAAAAUGUCAAAUCCUGAAUUAUUUUAGAAGAAAAAAUAUUCAACUCGUGAAACAAAUUAUGUCGGUAAUACUUGUGACAUUUAAUGGGUGUAUCCAUAAAUUUAAUUUAUUGUAGGUAUUUAAAAUGAUAUUUUCUAGUCACUCUGGCUAGCCAAUUGUAAAUAGGUAUUUUUAUUGCCAUAAUUUUUGUAGCCUGGAUAUUUGUUCCUGUUUAUUCCAUGCAACAGAUUUUUUUGUAAUUUACAAAUUGAAUUUAUUUUAAGUGUAAUGCAAAACCAAAGACAAACUAGUAGCUAAAUAAAUA